AAAACUGAUCUGUGCUCUCCUACUGACCCCAGCAUGCAUUCUGGUGGAAAGAGUGCUUUUGUUUUAAAGCUCUCUGGAAAGAUCACUAUGUGAAACUUGCCUGGCGUUAGUCUGAAAUCACUUUUACUAGGUAUGUAUUUACCUUCAGAGUUAAUUGUUGUAAGUGCUGUGUGGUUCAUGUUACUACCUAGAUCUUACUUUGAGCUUAUUUUUAUGUGUUAGUAUUUGAAAAGCUCUAUUAUCACGUUUAAGAAACUGUUCAACAUGUAAGCCCUAGAAAGCAGUCAUUGAAACUUCAUGCACAUAGUUUUAAAAACAUUUGUAAACCAAUAUUGGGCUUCAUCUUGACAGACUCGGAGCAAUUGGUCGCAGCACUUACCAGCUUGUUAGAUGAGUAAUUGGAUUUUUUUGCACAUGUGAAAUCAGUCUGUAAGUAGUGCUAUAAAUAUGAGGUGCUUUAAAAAGGCCAUUUUAAUAAAGAUGAAAAUAAUUCUGCUAAAUAUGCUGGGAGCAAACUUAAACAGAAAUGAAUGGUUAGAAAUCUAAUCUAUUAAAUGCAAGCAAAAAAAAUACUUUUGAAGUAAGCCUAUACUAAUUUGAAGAAAGCCAGUUUGACUUAGAAAGGAAUGAAAGGAGCAAUAAAUAAUAAUGUGUGGGAAGGUGUGUGUACAGUAACAAAUGUGAACCUGAGGAUGGAGGUGAAGGCAAAUAGACAGGGUAGAAGGAUACAAGAAGAAAUUAUGGCCAGCAUUGUCCAAGUCUAGAAGCUUAAAUAGGGGCAACUGUGGCUGUUUUAGAAGCUAAGGUGUCACUGUCUGGAAAUUAUCGAUAAAGUUUCUAACUGGAAAGGACUACCUAGUCUUCAGUUAAUGUUUCUGCUGUCUGUUUUUGAAGAGGCAGAAGGUGGUUUUAAUAUAAUUUCCAUUUCAGUAGCAAAAUAAAAAAGGUAAAACGGCAGCUACCAAAACUAGACCUCUCAAAAUAAAAGAAAAAAACCCCAACAAAUUAAAUCUAACAUAUAUGAGGCUCGGUGAAAUGAAGAUCUGCCUAGGCUAUUAAUGUUGGUUUUCCACAAGCCUUGGAAAAUGAGGGAGUUUCCAGGGACCUAGCAGAGCACUGCAACGUGCCAACAGGCAGCAUAAAUGGGAUGAGCCUGGCAUCAGCCCCUGAUGACAAAGGGAUUCUUUUACCUGACACUCAGUGAGAAGGGAAUUAAUUAGUGCCAAUCCAAAUAAAUCCUGUCACACUAGCUUAUUCUUAUGAUGCUGCAAGCUUUAUGGCUGCAAGUAGCAGUGUUGAUGUAAAAGACUCCUGUAAGAUGUUUGAUUCGAUUAAGAAACUAGAACAGUUAAAACCAACGUGAGGUUAAAUGGAUUUCAGAUGAAUCUCAGUGUAACAUAGAUGGAAUUGCUCAGUGCUUUGAAUGGUGUUCUGGAAAAAUUGAUUCCUGUCCAUACAGUGUUUUUAUAAGUGACUUGGAAAGAAAACACACAAUCAUGUUUUAAAAAGACAAUGAAAUAAUGAAGGUUGAGUCACUGAUGGUGAAAUGAUCCGCACUUCUUCCUAACUGGAUGCAGGCAGAACUGAGCUUUCAGUAAAGCCAAAAGGGAAGAUUUGCACCCAGCAAGAGUGCUUUUGUCAUCCGUAGCUGUGCAAAACACAGAUUUGUAAGUAGGGAGGUUAUGGUGCCUGCGGAUUUUUGCUGCUGGAAUGCUGUGUUCAGUUCUGGUAUGCCUGGUUCAAAAAGGAUAAUAUUAAAUUGGAGAAGCCUCAGAAAAACCUGAAGAAGGCUUAAAGAGUUGAAGAACAAGCCCUAGCAAAAGCCUCAAGAUAAAGUAGUGAUGUGAUCUGUGUGUUACAGGCAGAACUGGAAGUGAGUUAUAAUCUAGUAGGCAUAGGUGUGAUAAGUUGUUAAACGGAAAUAGUUUUCUUUAAAAGCAAAGUAUUUCAUUGGUGGAAUAAAUUAUUGGAGCUUUGGUGGUUUCUGUGCUCUGAAGACUUUAAAAUUGGAAUUGGAUGUUUUGCUAAAAGAUAAGCUCUAGUUCAAGGCCACUGCUGCACUUGACGUAGGAAUGUGAUUCAAGAAACUUGUCGCCUGUGUUUAUUCAGGUUACACUGUAUGAUUGUAGUGGCCCUGUCAUCUCAAAAUCCUAUGGGACAGAAGACACUUUUUUUUUUUUUUCUCGGAAGGUUUGUCAGUGUUCAAAUACUUAACCUGUAAAUGCUGUUGGCAUUAAAUAAAAUGUUGGUAAAUCUGUUCAUUUUGCACAAGAGAAGGAUCCCUGUCAAAGGUGUUUUUUCUUCUAUUAAAAUAUUUUUGUUCAGAUUUAAAUACAUUUUUUUAUUUGAAAGAAGUGUAUGGUAUUGAGUGUAAAAAUCGUAAUAGGUUUCUGCAAUGACAUCUUAAAACAGAAAAUAAAAAAAUCUUAAACCAAAGAAAGCAGGUAGUGUCUUGCUUAAAGAUAACACUUUAAGGGGGAAAAAAUUCUUAACUAAAAAAUAAAUGCAAGGAGAACAGUUGCUUCAGUUACACAGUCUGAGUAUUAAAUAUAAUUGCUAAUAACACAAAGUAAAAGGCUUUGGGAGACUUUAACUCCAGUGUUACAUUACACUAAUUCUUCCACAAAUGCAUAGAAGUGUUUUCAUAUCUUCAAUGAGUAAAACUAUGUAGGGAAUAAAUGUCCAUCAAAUUUAGUUUGUGACAGUAGACAAUGCAGCUGCAUUUGGUCCUGGGGAGACUGCUUUGUGGUCCUGUGAAUGUUGUUGUGCUGCAUUUGUAGUUAAUGUUCAGAUUGCACUUGCUUCUCUCCCCCCACAAAUAGAGAACAUGCUGCUUUGUGAUUGACAACAAGAACGAAAAUUAGAACUCAUCUCUUAAUUCUAAUUUUAUUCUUGAAAGUAAUGAAGAGUAGCUUGGGAAGUUACAGAAGAUGUUAAGACUUGAAUCUGCCUAAAGAUGUUGUGGCAUGUUUACUCUCUUGCAGGAGCUCUGAAAUUAAUUAAUGUAAAUAACUAAUAAGAAAUCUUAAUUGUUGAUAGAUUCUCAGGGAGCAGAUAGGACCCAAGGUUUUUUUGUUCUUUCCUUAAAAGGCGCUCAGAGUAAAACAUCCGAAGUCAUUUCUGUUUGUUCUUGCCCCCCUCCAGUACAUUAUUUCAUCUUCAAUCAGCUGUUACGGAAGGCUUUGUUUCUUCACAGUAGAACAAUAUGGGUCCCUGCCAGUUCUGGGCAACUUCGCUUUUUCUGGUUGAGGACAAGACUGUUUCUUCAGCUCUCUUACUUCUUUGUAUUUCACUUCAUGGUGUUUUUCAUGGAGAUGCUCAGAAGCCAACCAAUUUUCAAAUUUCUGAUCUGUUGCAUCAGUUUGCAUCAUGUUAACAGUGGUGUUUUGAAUGCACCAUGUUGACUGCAUAAGGAGCUGGUGCUUCAGGCCUCUUGGAUCCCAUUUCCUCAGUGGUGGAGGCUGUACAACUUAAAGCUGCAGCAGUCCAUUGGAAGGCAGUUGCAUGUGCCACUUGAGAACCCUUGGAUUAUUUUCAACAAGGGUAGCGGCAUGCUCCAUUGAACAGGACUGGCUGUGAACUUAAGACUGUGCUGGCCAUAAGUUUCCUUUCUCGGAGGUUUUCAGACUCUGCUUUUUCUCCUAGAGUCCAUGAGUCGCUUUCUGCUUGCUCAUAGACUGCAGAAGAAAGAGGUUCUCUUAUGGAAUGAAGAGUCUGGAUGUAGGCCUGAAUGUAAAAGGUUAAAACUUCUCCCAAGCUGUCCACCCUAUUUUGAAGUGAGAGAAAUCCAUGAAAAUUUCAUUACAUUGUACUAUCUAAACUUAAUAAAAAAAUUGUCAAAGUGACAAUGUCUCUCUGCUGAAUGGAUUUUCUUGCACCAUCUGGAUGUUGUUGAGCUUAAGUUGCUUUCAUUUGAAUUGUGCUGAUGAUCUUUUUUUUGUUCCAUAGCAUUGAACAGAUGGGUUGAUUAUUCUUUACAGAUAUUAAUAAAGCAGUGGAAAGAAGAAAUAUGAAUAAGGCUUCAUCAAGGUCCAGUCCGGCACGAAGGUUGUAAGAGACUUGUGAGGAAGAAUACACUUGAUGUCUGCUCCUGCCUCAAAUAUAGAAGCCAAGGCCCACCUAGAGAAUGCUGAGGGGCUGCAGCGUUCCCAGUGCUGUGCUGCAGAGGACUUCGGGAUCUUGUGUCCUCUGAUGUCAAAAGCUUCCAGUGCUGAAACGAGACUGGAAAAGAGCAAGUGAGCGAAGCACAAGACAGCACACACGUCUCUGUUGCACUGUCCCGUCUGCAUGUGUGCUUGCUCUGUCAGUACCUGGAACCGGUCCCCUUCUGUGCAGCCUCUCCUGGUUUCCCACCCCUUGGCAGGCACAGCGUGUGCAGCUCCUGCACGUCCUCUGUGUGUGAAGUCACAGGCAAGUGGAGAACACAUGGACUGUCCUGUCACAGGAGGAUGACUUCAGUUUCCUUUCCAUGGUGUUACUAGGGAGCACACAAAGGCAUGCUGCGGUUAUAGUUUGGUAUAAGGUGUGCAUCAUCUAUGCCUGUACUCUAAAGCUUUCCAUACAAAGGAGUGUUGCUUGUUGGACUCUGAGGUAAUCAAGCUCUCACGUGUCUGGUGUGCUCUACUACUGACCUGUUGUAUCACCAAAAAUGAGGGAAAAGUCACUAGCAAGACAUCUACCACCAAAAAAAGGGAGAAUGAGUAGCUGCAAUUCUUGGCACCAUCUAGGUCUUUUGCAUGUGUUGCACUUACCCUGCAUAGGGCCAGAUGCACUUGCAGAGGCCAGUGUGUAGGUAUCAGGCCCAGGGAAUGCUUUGGGCACACAGCUGGGAGUUCAUGUUACAGAUGUGGCAAGCCUUGGGCCUGGGCUCUGGCAGGCAUGCUUGGUGCUGACAUGAGGAUCCCAAGAAUACUGCAAGUACGUGGGCAGCAGGCACUGGUGCCGUGUCUUUGGCCUCAGUGGCACUGCAGGUACAUAAGGCUGAAGGUGCUGGGCAGCACUGUGGGCGUGAGAGGCAGGCACCAUGGGCAUUGGGUCCUGUGUCAUCCUGCAUGGAUGCAAGAACAGGUGCCAGUGUCACUUGCCCUAAGGAGCACUGGAGGGGCAUCGGCCACGGGCAGCAGUGCUGUGGUGCUGGACUGACUCCACAGCUGCCGAAGGCUUUGGUGCCGCUGUGACAGGCACUGGAUCCCAGCUGGCACUGCAGAUGCUGCAGCCAUCCCAUGUCACUAGCACCAGCUCCCAAGCAGCACCGUGGGUGCAGGUGGGAAUGAGGUCAUGGGCAUCGAGUCCUGGGCACGGCUGUGGAUAACAGACUCUGGACCAUGCUGCAGGCCUGUGAAAGACAGCUGCUGAUGCCAGUGUGUAGAGUCCCACACUGCGCCACAGGUGACGGUGCUGGGCCAGCGCUACUGAGUCCCGAGCAGAUGUGGGCAGCGAUGCUGAUGCUGCAAGAGCUGGACUGUGGCGAGAGGCGUGGAAGCAGAAGGCUGCUGUGCCUUCGUGCUGCUGCCUCUCCACAAGCAGCGGGGCAGCAAUGCAGGUGCAAGAGCAGAGAGGACCCGCGCCACGUCUUUACUUCUGUUGCAGUUGUGCAUUGUUCAUUCUGCAUCUUUUGUCUCUGCGGAUAAUGAAUGUGGCCUGUUCUGGUCACCCCCAACACCAGCUGGAAUAAAUGUCAUAUACCAAACAAUUACACUGCAUCUGGCUGUUUUGCUAUAUAGUCCUACAGCUACAGAGAGAUCAGUUACUCAAUACCUAUUAGAGCAAAUCAGACGUUUCCCCUGAGCUUCUGCCAUCGUUCAUUGUAGGUUGGGGGGAAGGGGGUGAUGACUUGUCUUUCAUGGGAUGUGGUUUCCAUACAGAUCACAAAAAGCAGAUUUGUGUGUCCCAGAGGCUGAGGGAGUUUACCCUUGUUUGUGUGCAAAUACAGUGUUUCUUUUACAGGAGGAGGCUAUAUAUGCUCUUGAUGGAAACUCUGUAGUUUGUCCCAAGAUCUAUUUUGUAUCUGACAUAAAAAUAGAGAAUGCCAGUGCUCCUGUGUGUCCCCCAGCACAGCUGGGUGUCUAACCACUGAAGUCCAUUGCAGACUGCACAUCCGUCUGGUUACUGUCUGCCCUACCUGACCCUGGACUUGGGCACAUCUGACUUGCUGCUCCCACUGUUCUCUCUGUAGUGGAAGCAGACUUGUGUUCUGAUUGUCUUUCGUAAACUAGAUUAGACUGGUAGAGAACUCAAAAGUCUGUCAAGUUUUGGAAAUAAAAAGAUUCAAAAAGCCGGGUUUUUUUCCUGAUGUUUGUCAGUAUCUUGGGGAAAGACUAUGCUGAACACGUGAAGCUCACUAGUUUCUCUGCAAGAUUUUUUUUUGUUUGGCUUAGACUACAGUGAAUUAAGUUUUUUUUUUCUGGAAAAGAAAAUAUGACCUGGAAAAAACCCUACUGUUCUGGGAAAAGACAAAGACUGGAACGUUAUUCUUCCUUCACUCUGAAGAUGUUGCAGUACAAGGUCUGAAUGAGACGGAUCAUUCAGAUAUGACAGAGAAGCCUAUUGCUGCUGAGGAUGCAGUGGUGGUUGGGUUUAGUACCCUCUUAAUGUGGGGCAUCAUAAACAUAAGACUGUCUUUCUAUGGAAACUAUGCCUUCAAAUCCAGGACACAGUGGUAACUAUCGUUGCUUUCUACUAGCAGCACAAACCCAAGCACAACGUGGAACCUACAGUGUCUUUGGUCACAACAAGCUCCUUUUUUAAUCAUGUGCAAAUAACAAAUUAUUUCAGGUAUUCUGCUGUCAUUGACUAACGAAUUUAAUGGAUCCCUUGAAUGCUCCUGGCUAUUGCAUAUUUGUGGGUAUUAGGCUACAACACCUUGAAUUGUCUCAAAGGAUUUGCAAAAACAUGUUUGAUAGAUGAUCUGUGCUGACAUUGGAGGCCUUGAAAUGGUCGUUUCUGAGGUGCCUGUUCGCUUCUUCCACAGGUGCUCUACACUUUUAGUGAUGCUCCAUUAAGGAGCUUUCUGGGUCUUGUUUGGCUAUGAUAAACGUUAGAGUUAAGAAGCUUCUCCAGGCUGCUUCAACAAAUAUGUUUUAUGGGCAAUUCUUGCUGUUUUGGGAUAGGAGGGAGGAGUCAGCUGCUGAGAGAAGGGCCGCUGUGGCACCUCAGGUAAGAGAUCUGGGGGUAACUGUGCUUGUGCCGUUAGCAGUCUAAUGGAAUUUCCCUGGUGUUUUCCUCAGAGAGCCAUACACUUACGGGGAUGGCCGAGAUGCCAGACGUGACCGCUCCCCGCUUCGGGGGAGCCCACGGAGAGACCCCAGAGAUGGCAGGGAUGGUAGAAAUGGGCGAGAUUCCAGAGACACUCGAGACAUUCGAGCCAGAGACAUGCGUGAUGCCAGAGAUCACAGGGACCCACGGGACCUGCGAGACCCACGGGAUAUCAGGGAUCCAAGAGACUUGCGGGACCCCCGUGAUGUUAGAGAUCUUCGUGACCCACGGGAGCCGCUGUAUGAUCGAUACAGGGAUCCACGGGAUAUGAGAAAUCCACGAGAUGUGAGGGAUCCACGGGAUAUGAGAGAUCCACGGGAUAUGAGAGACCCUCGGGACCCUUUGUACAGACGAGAUGAAGCUUAUGACCGUUACCUUCGCCUGGAAGACUACUAUCGGCGGAAGGAUGACUCUUACUAUGACCGUUAUAAAGAGCAUUUUGAUAGAGCACCGGUGAAUUCAGAAGACCGUGUGAAGCGCGAGGAGCGGCGCCGAGAGGAGCUGUACCGUCAGUACUAUGAGGAAAUCAAGAGACGUUUUGAUGCAGAGAGACCUGUGGAUUGUUCUGUGAUAGUGGUGAAUAAACAGACAAAGGAGUACGCGGAGUCAGUGGGGCGGAAGGUGCGGGAUCUGGGCAUGGUAGUGGACCUGAUCUUCCUCAACACAGAGAUGUCACUGACGCAAGCCCUGGACGAUGUGAGCAGAGGAGGGUCUCCUUUUGCCAUUGUCAUCACCCAGCAGCAUCAAGUUCACCGCUCUUGCACUGUUAACAUCAUGUUUGGCACCCCACAAGAACACCGCAACAUGCCCCAGGCUGAUGCCAUGGUGCUGGUGGCAAGGAAUUACGAGCGCUACAAAACUGAGUCACGGGAGAAGGAGCGCGAGGAAAUUGCCCGGCAGGCUGCCAAGAUGGCAGAUGAAGCUGUUCUGCAGGAGCGGGAGCGCCCACCCCCCACGGAGGAGGGUGUCAGAGGAGGUCACCCUCCAGGGAUUCAGACUCUCUUGAACCUGCUGGCAGACAAUCGCUAUCUGACUGCUGAGGAGACUGAUAAAGUAAUUAAUUACUUGAGAGACCGGAAGGAGCGGUUACUGAGGGGAAACACUGAUUCUCUGCAGGCACCCAUGGCAAGACAGUCUUUGGGGGCACCUUCAGGAUCAUCUCUGGGUAGUCAGUCCAGCCUUCCAAGCUCUCAGGCUCAUCAGGGUUCACAGCCUCUGGUCUCUGCUCCUUCUGUUCCAGUGUCCUCUUCUAAUCCUCAGCAGGAGCUUCAAGCAAAAAUCCUCAGUCUCUUCAAUAGCGGGGCAGCAGCGGCAGCAGCUGCUGUAGCAAACAGCAGUUCUGCAGCCUCUGCGGGCACUUCAGGUGGCACUCCAAACCAGAACUUCGCUAACAUGGCUAGCAGUCAGGCCCGGUCAGCACAGAUGAGUGCUGGAAAUUUAAACCAGGCUCAACAGAGAUUGCAGUCUCCAAGCGCGCAGCUUCCUGCUGUCCAAGGUCCUUCAAGAAAUGCAGGUCCAAGACCUGGAGCUCCUCCACAAGCUCAGUCGCUCUAUGGUCAGCACCAAAAUCGCCUCCCUGUGCCUGGCAACGUACCUGCUCAAAGGCCAGUAUCUUCUGGUAUCAACUUUGACAACCCCAGUGUACAGAAAGCUUUGGACACCCUUAUCCAGAGUGGUCCUGCACUCUCCCACCUAGUGAGCCAAACCGUGGCCCAGGGGCGAGCAGGGUCCUCAGCCCAGCAACCUAUGGGUUCCUACCAACGACACUAUUAAAGCUGAGCUGUGAGGCCCUUUCCCCUUCCCUUUUGCCAUUCCAUACUUAUAGCUGUUUAAAGAGUCUCCUGUCCUUGACACGGGACAAAUGCCCCUGGAUAUGCAUGUCCUCUCCACUUCGGUGAGAGUGUACCCCAGUGGCAUUGCUGCUGACUGUUGCUAGUGCUGCCCUUCCUCACCUCGGUCUGGUUAGCAGUGUUUGGAAAAGUAUACUUUCUUUUCUUAAUGGCACGAUGUGCUAACAGCCACUUUGGAUAAUUGGUUGUUUCGUCCAGUCCCAGAAGCUGCUGCAGUGACAGUCCUUCUGCGUUUUCCUUACUCCCAGUAGCUGGUGCAUCUUCACAUUGCAGUGCAGUCUGGUCUCAGUGGAUGGUCUUAGUAUAGUUUUGGGUCAGUGGUGUUGAGGAAAUAGGAGGCUGAACAGAGCGGUACGCUGACUUGGGCCUUCUUGGAGAUCCACCUUUUUGGAAUGGGCACUAUUUUUCUUUGGAUUUCUUUUUUUAAUGGCAUAUAAGCCAGUUGGAAAGUACAGUGGUAGCACUAGCAGCUGAACUCAUGAGACACAUGCCUGACCACUACUCAGUAACCCAGGACUGUGCAUUUGGUCCUUCUAUAGCUGGACUGUCAUGUCCUGGCAGAGUGAGGCAGACAAAUGCUCUGCACCUUGCCCACCUCACAGAAACUGGCAGCUUUGGUCUGAGUACUGUGGCAGAUCUGAAACACAAGAGCUUCCAGCCAAGGCAGAGAUUUCAAAUGGUCUGUCAAUUUUCUACACCAAGUUGUCAGUAUUAAGAUUGAUCUGUCGAAUUUGGCAUAUAAAUUUCCUUUUGUUACAAUCUUGCUUUGGGACGGUUGGUUACUACAACCCAACAGCUCAGCCGCAGCCACACUGAUAUGCUGCUGGCCCUCCCUUGGGAAUACCUGCAGCCGGUUACCAGGUGGUGAACAUCUGCUCCCUGAAACUUCAUCUCACUGUUGGUUGGUGUUUUGUCCAUCUAAGGUGGAGAGGCAAUGCCAAGAUGCAAUACCAUAAUUUUACACAUUUUUUUCAACAUUUUGGUAGCUGCAGUGGACAGUUGAGAGGAAAAUCGGGCAGUGAUUCUUCACCGUGUUUUUAACCAGCAACACAUUUUGAUACCAGAACACAGAACAUCUCGUAGCUGUGUGGUCCUCCCAAUCACAGCCACCUUAGAGUCUGUAGGCUUCCUGCAGAGAACCGAAAGAAACUAAGAAAGCAGUGUUCUUGGAGCAGAGGAUUUUCUUUGUCCCAGGUGGUUUGUGUUGUAACAUUUUUUUUUUCUUUCUCUGUGCUGUUAACGAGGACAUUACUUUCUAAUAAAAAGGCAGGAAAAACG